AGAUGAGGGCUACACUUUAUUUUCUUCUGCUUUGUCUACUUCCCCAACGUGCCAGCUCCAGCCCAGCCAGGGGGCAUUUUGGCAUCUGCCCUAACCAGCUGAAUGCCAACCUGUGGGUGGACGCCCAGAGCACCUGUGAACGGGAAUGUGAAGCCGACCAGGAUUGCGAACCAUUCGAAAAAUGUUGCACCAAUGUUUGUGGACAGCAGAGCUGUGUGGCGGCCCGCUACCCUGACUCCGGCCUGCCAGCCCCUGGUUCCGUCCGUCCUGCCAGCUGCGCGGGUUUUGUCUGCGCCCAGCAGGGUUCUGCCUGUGAGAUGUGGGAAGGUCGUCCAGUCUGCCGCUGUCGGGAGCGGUGUGGGAAGCAGCCGGGGUUCACCUGUGCCUCGGAUGGUCUGACUUAUUAUAAUCGCUGCUACAUGGACGCUGAGGCUUGUGGUAGAGGAAUCACCCUGGAUGAAGUGCCAUGCAAAUUUGUGUCCUCUUGGCCUCUCACCACUACCGCACCUUCAGAAACCACCCUCCAGCCAACCCAACCAUCAACACCCUUGGAACUGCCACUGCCACCAGCCUUGUACCAUUCACCAGCACCACAGUCGGUGGUCGUCGGUGGUACUGUAGGGCUACAAUGCGAGUCUAGUGGCCGCCCACGACCUGAGAUCCUCUGGGAGAAGUUGGGUGAAGGUCCCGCUGCACCACUCAUGCGACCAGACCAGAUGUAUGGCAACCUUGUGGUGACCAAUUCUGGCCAGCUUGUCGUCUACAAUGCUCGCCUAGAAGACGCGGGCAUUUACGUCUGCAUGGUGCGAAACUCUGCGGGAAUUGUCCGGGCUCAGUUCCCACUCUCUGUGGUGAAGAAGGGCUCAUCUUCAGGGGCUGCAAUGAAACACCGUCCAGUUCACCCCUCUGAAUGUCUCAAGCCCCCAGAUCAUAGAGACUGCCAAGGUUUUCGAGUCCUUCGCUGGUUCUACGACUCCCAAAGUGGUGACUGCCAGACCUAUAACAAGGGGUGUUCAGGCGGAACGAACGUCUUUCAAACUUAUGAUGAGUGCAAAUCAUCAUGCCAGCCCCGUCCACCAGACCUUUGUACGCUACCGCCUGUAAGAGGACCAUGCAAGGCUCUGCAGUGGAGGUGGGCUUAUAGUCCUCUCAUGCGCCAGUGUUUCUCUUUCAUUUACGGUGGGUGCCAGGGCAACCAAAACAACUUUGAGAGCCGAAAAGCAUGUGACGACCGCUGCCCUCUGCCCCGUGACAAGCAAUGCCAAGGUUGCCACCUACGAGGACGACUUGUGCCUAGCCUGUGCCGUAGUGACUUUGUGAUUGUGGGAAGGCUUGAAGAUUCUGGUGAAGAGCGAGUGGUGAGGGUGGUCCUCAUUGAAGUGCUAAAAGAUGACUACAUGGGUCUCCGACUUUUCCAUGCCAAGUACCUGGAAGUGACAUUGGGGGAUGGCGGGGGAGGCGGGUGUGUGUGCAACAACCUGGCAGGUUCGGGAGACAGUCAGCUCUUGAUCAUGGGGGAAGUACAAGAUGGCAUGGCUUUAUUAGGACCCUCAAGUUAUGUCAGACCCGCCAACGAGAAACGACUGAGGAAGGUCAGAGACAUGCUUGAAAAGGGAACAUGUCAGAUGCUGAACCGAUUUCAGGACUGA